CAGACUGGGUGUGACUGGGGCUGGGUGAGGGUGGGAUUGACUGGGUGUUGGGUGAUUGUUCAGCCUGUAAGGUGAAUGAUUUUCUCUCCACAGACGGUGGAUUUUAUGCGCUGGAAUUGCUGAGCAAAGCUGCAGAACUAAACCUCCACGGCUGAAACUACAGGAGGCUGUGAGAUGGACGACCUGAACCUGAGCGACGCUCUCCAGGCGGUGCCCCGAGACACGGUGGAGCCUGAGAUCCGGCGGGAUUUCAUGGCCACGCUGGAGGCCGAGCGGUUUGUGGAUGUGGUGGGGGAGAGCGUGGAGCGGCAGGAGUACGUGCCGUUACUGGAUGACGAUGAGAAGGCGGCUCCCAAAGGCUCAGCCCCGGUGGCGCACAGCGACAGCCAGUUCCAGGCUGGAGACGCUGAGUGUCCCCAGUUGUCUGGCCUAGCUGUUCUACAUAACGGGGAACAGGAAGUGGAGCCAGCAGACACCACAGAAAUGUGGAGCCCAGGCCUAUCUCCAGUCUCGCCACUUGGACACGAACAUGGCUUCCCCGAGCUCAGCGAAGACUUGCUGUCCCCGGCGAUUACCGGCCACACAGCCCCCCACCCUGGGGCUCAACGCGACCACAUGCUGCUGUCCACCACCACCACGGAGACGGCUGCAGUCACCAUGGUAACUGGCGGCAGCUCGGAGAUCCCGCAGGGGGCCAUGCUGGUCACCACGAGGACCACAGAGGGUUCUGGUGAGGGGGGGCCGGAGGAUGGGGAGGUGGCUGAGAUCACACAGACGGUGGAGUCCGAGGUGAUCACUGUGGUCGUGGAGAAGAAAAAGAAACGGCGUAACCGUCACCGCAGAAAUGGCCCCCCUCCCCCUCCCCCUGAUGAGACCACUGACGAGACCCCCAGGGAGCAGCUGUCACUGGGGGCCGCCCCGGACAGUGAGGGGGGCAGUGAGGGCGCACAAGGAGCUCUGGCUCACACGCCACCUGAGACAAACACAGCACAGGAUAUGCAGCCAGCGGCGAUGCAACCGCCAGCAAUGCAGCCAACGGAAACACAACCAAUAGGAACAUGGGCAGCAACAACGCAGCCAGUGACAGUGCAGCCAGCGACAGUGCAGAUAGCAGCAAUGCAGCCAAUGGGAACACAAUCGACUGAAAGGCAACCAGCAGCAACGGAGCCAGCAACAGUGCAGACCGCGGAAAUGCAGCCAAUAGGAAUGCAUCCAGCAACAAUGCAGCCAGCAGAAAUGCAACUAAGGGUAGACACCCAGCCAGUGGAAAUGAAACCAGUAGGAAUGCAACCAGCAACCGUGCAAACGAGGGAAACACAACCAGCACCCGUGCAGCCGGCGACCAUGGAGCCAGCGCCCGUGCAGCUGGCGCCCGUGGAGCCAACGCCCAUACAGACAGCGCCCGUGGAGCCGGCGCCCGUGGAGCCAGCGCCCGUGCAGCCAGCGCCCGUGCAGCCUGCGCCCGUGCAGCCAGCGCCCGUGCCACAAACUGCACCCAAGACGGAGCAUCCUGCAGACAGUUGUUCCCAGGUUGAGGCUGAGGAGAUGCUGGGGCCGGGGCCCAGGGCUGUGGACGGUCUCUCUGGGGCCCAAUCGGCACAGGUGCCCUCAGUGGGGCAGGAGGAGGCGAGUGGGCGAGGGAGUGGCCUGGCUCAGGUAGAGGGGAAGUUGAAUGAGUUUCGGGGCCUGUGUGAGGAGGAGGCGGACCCAGUGCAGCACCCAGCCCCGCCCCUGGAGACCCCGCCUCGUCUCCCUCCUGCUGCCCAGGAGCAGGUGCAAGCAGAGGCCCCGAGCCCCGCCUCUAGCCCCACCCCAUCUCGGCAGCCGGAGCCCAGCACAGACGUGAAGCCGCGCCCACAGGAGAUGUCAAGCCCACACCCGGAGACACCCCGCCCACACACGGAGACACCCCGCCCACAUAUGGAUACACCCCGCCCACAUAUGGAUAUGCCCCUCCCACAUAUGGAUACGCCCCGCCCACAUAUGGAUACGCCCCUCCCACAUAUGGAUACCCCACACCUGGAGCCAGAGUCAGGUGAGUGA